AUGGUUCAAGCAAAUGUCAAAGGUGACUUCGCGAGGAGGACGGUGGCAAUGAGGCAAUUAUCAGCCGAAGUGCCGAGGAGGACGGUGGCAAUGAGGCAAUUAUCAGCCGAAGAGCUUGUCGUUGUCCAGGAUACUAUGUUUAACAACAAAAGUACGGAGAUUGCUGGUGUUGAGAAAGACGAGCGUGUGGAAAUCGGUGAGAAGAAGAGGAGGUAUGAGGUUAUGGUUAAUGCUGAGAGAGAUCAGGAGGGGGAGGGAGAUGGUGUGGAUGAGUUUUGUGACCUCCGUGAGGUACUUGAGAUGGGGACACUGUUUCAAAGUCUAGGUGGAUAUGAAAAGAAGAUGCUAGUUCAGAAUCUGAAAAACCUUGGAGCUCAAAGAAGAAAAGAGCUUACCGAUGAGUGGAAGUCAUUGCUUGAUGAAGAGCUCCGUUUGAAAAUCAAGAAACAAUCCUUCUCAACGAAGCUCGCUUACGAAGGACUUCCUUCUUAA